ACAUGGACAGUGAAACCACAGGCGAAUCUGUGGACCAAGGAAGACUGGCGAGCUAAAUUCAGUAACUACGACAGUGACCAGAGCGGCGGCAUCUCUAUGCGGGAGUGCAAGCGGCUGCUGCAGUAUGUCGGCCUGAACCCCACUGACGACGAAGUCCAAAAAUUCAUGAAAGAUGCCGACAAAAACAAGGACGACGAAGUUCAUUUCGAGGAGUUCUACGAGUAUGUGAAGACGCUACCAGACCCAACAGGAGAACUUCGUGUCGCCUUUGACAAGUACGACCGUAAUGGGGAUGGCUUCAUAGACAAGGAGGAACUCAGAGCGAUUCUGCAGAAUGGGAAGGACUGUUCACAAGAUGAACUGGAGAGUCUUUUCAAGCUAGUCGACGAUAAUGGUGACGGCAAGAUCGAAUAUGAAGAAUUCAUCAGGAUAUUCACGCAGACCUAGGAUGGAAAUGUUCAUUUACGUCACAUCUUGAAAACCUGUGAACCGAACAUUACUAGUUCCUGUACACACGAAUUUGACAUUCAACAAAACAAAAUAUAACCAGAAAUGUUAUCUAGAAAAAUAGCGAAUUGUAAUAGUCCUCAUUAGCAUUUUUUUUACAUAAACUAGACGACGUGCUGCUCAGUGGCGCUUUUUAAUAGUUAUAGCAAGGUUUACAGUAAUGCAAAUUCUAAGUUUCAGUUAUGCACCAGUCAAUUGUAACCACAGCACCACCCCCCCCCCCCCCCCCCUCCCAGGUCCAGGGGCUUUCCGGGGCCCCGUAGAGCCAGGUGAAUGCGGUGGUUUUGUUUUCGCUCCAAAAAAUGGGCCUUACCUUACCUAUGGUCUUUGGGGUGUAGGGGCAUUUGGUUUCACCAGCAGUUCGUCCUCGCAGGGCGGGAUUUUAACCCGGGCUUGUCUGGACCGAAAGUCAAAGUACCCGCUAUUUUUCCGGACCUGGGGCCGUGGUUACAAAUGACUGGUGCAUUAUACAGUGCUUUUUCUGUACAUAUUCGUACUUUAAUACCUAAAUCACGGAGCUAGUUGAUUCAUAAAGCAUGUUUCACUUGACCAAUAGGGUCGUUUGCUUAACGGAGACCAAUUCAGGUUGCAUGGACGUUUCACCGUUGUUAUGGCGACAAAGUGCUCAUAUAUUAUGGUGCAUAGAGAAUCAAUUUUUGUUUCAUGUAAAUGUUUUAAAAUUCCAACAUCAUGUAAUAUGCAAUAAAGUCAUGAACAUACAUUUAUACGGAGUAAAACGAGUGCGUUUUUU